CCCCCCCCCCCCGCUCUCUCUCUCUCUCUCUCAAUGGGCUACUCAGAAGUAGAGAGAGACGAGCCACUGAGCCCGCUGGGCCGGCUGUUCCUCACAACCGACCUGCACCAAAUAGUCCACUGCAUCAUGGGCUGCGAGAACCCAAUCGACGUCGCCGCCGUCACAUCCGAAAUCGCCAACUCCGUCAUGAUACAACUCCCCCGAUUCUCCAGCCUCUUGGUCCGAGACUCCCACGGUCUCGAACACUGGCGCAAAACCCAAGUCGACGUCCCCCGCCACAUCAUUGUUGUCGAAGACCCCGUCGGCGACGCCGCCGACGAAGAAGCGGUGAACGACUACAUCGCCGAUCUCGCAGUCUCGGUGCCUCUGAGCUCCGACAAGCCGCUGUGGGAGGUACAUCUGUUGAGGGCUCACAAUUGCAUUAUUUUUCGGAUCCACCACGCGUUGGGGGAUGGGAUUUCGCUAAUGUCGAUGCUUCAGGAGUGGUGUCGGAGGGCCGGUGAACCGGAUCGGAGGUUGAGUAUGGGUUCAAUGGGUACUCAUUCUAAUUCGUCAUCAAACCGGGUGAAACGAACGAGGGCGUUGUGGAAGGUAGUGGUGGGAAUGGUGAUGGGCUUGCGUUUUAUUAUGCAAUUCGUGUUGAGGGCCUUGUGGGUGAAAGACAAGAGGACCGCUGUGAGUGGCGGUGCUGGGGUGGAGUUGUGGCCGAGGAAGCUUGCCACAGCGAAGUUUUGGUUGGAUGACAUGAAGGUGGUGAAAAAUGUUGUUGCUGAAGCAACUAUUAACGAUGUGCUUAUUGGCGUAAUUUCAUCUGGUCUAUCUAGAUAUUUGGAUUUGCGAUCCCCAAGAGCUCUUCAAGACGGUGUUCAAAUUACGGGACUAGCCAUGGUUAAUUUGAGGAAACAAUCAGGAUUACAGGAACUUUCGGAUAUGAUGAAGGGCAAUUCAGGAAUUCGCUGGGGUAACAAAUUUGGUGCGUUUCUCGCACCAGUUUAUUAUCAUCAAGGUGGAGCUAAUCCUCUACAGUAUGUGAAAAUUGCCAAACAAAUGAUGGACCAGAAGAAACAGUCUUUCGAGGCUCAAUUCUCUUACAACUUGGAAAAGUUUCUCAUGGUCUAUUUUGGACCACAGGUUGCAAGCUGGUUGAAAUACAGGAUUGUAUGCAACACAACCUUUUUAAUCUCAAAUGUGAUAGGCCCAAAAGACGAGAUUACAAUUGCUGGCAAUCCUGUAAAGUAUCUGAGGUUGAAUAACACUAGCCUACCCCAUGCAAUCACAAUGCACAUGUUGAGCUAUGCAGGAAGAGUUGAUAUGCAAAUACUAGUGGCAAAAGAUAUCAUACCUGACCCACAAGUUCUAGCAAAGUGCUUUGAAGAUGCCCUACUCCAAAUGAAGGAGGCUGCAAUUAAAGAAUGAGGAAUACGUGGAAUAGCACCUUAUAAAUACACUGUUGUAACAAGAUUUACAUUCAUGUAACAAAAGCGGGAAAAAGAUUAUGAGCAGUCGAAGAAGGAGAUUAAGGAUUUCCUCAUUAGGUAUGAUAGGAUGCUGCUUGUGGCUGAUCCGAGGCAGUGCGCCGAAGAAGUUCCAUAAAUUGUCCCGUUAAACUUUAUUUUCCCACAUGCUUCCUAUUAGUCUGUUAUUUUAGUGGUUUUUUUGUGGAAUUAUGUUAUUAAUCCUGGAGGAUGAUUAUGUUGUUUUGGUGAAUUGAAAGACUUUGAUGUUAUGGUUUUUAAUUUUGGAUGUGAACUGCUUCGGUUAA